AUUAAUAAAAUAAUACAAUGUUAUUUACUUUCGGCUUGCUCUAAUUAAUAAUUUUACAAAAUGAUUGUUUUAUAAACGUAAAGUUACCCCAAUCUGUAUUAUUUUAUUAGCUACUGUGAAGGGCCAUUUACAGUCAUUUUACAACACUUAAAUUAAAAGUGCAUUUCGUUGUACAUCGCUUUGUUUAUUUCUUGACCUAUCAUGAAAAGGAUUUAAAUAAUUGCCUAACAUGACGCUGGCACACCGGGCGCUCUUUACGUGGUUUAUCGUCUUGGUAUUCCUGAUCCUGCUGUGCCUGCGCCUGGAUCCGCGCACCACCUGGAAUUGGUUUGUCACCUUUACACCGCUCUGGUUCUUCGAUGUAAUCAUCAUCAUCUACGUGAUCAUCAAGUUUAUCCGCAAGUGGCGCAACCUGACCUGUCUGACGGACCUCCUGUUCCUUUAUAAAUGGAACAUCGCUGGCGUCCUGCUGACCAUCUCUUCGCAGGUGAUGAUCUGCCUGACGCUGGAGUACCCGCAGCAGAUACCUAUCUACGUGACCAUCGCACCGGUUAUACUGCUGCUAAGCACUGCUAUCUUCUAUGUGGGUAGCAGGCUGGGAAAGCGCGAGGGCUGGUUGCAAUAAGAUCUAGGUUGGACUAAUUUAGAAUUAAGCAUGUAUUUUAGGAUUAGGUGUACAUAAAGUGGAAACUCAAAA